UCUAGAAGAUAUACAUGCCUCUCCGUCUCAUUGCAUCCCUCAACCUUUACAGGAUGUACGUACCUAUAUAUAGAUCAGCUCUUAGGUUCUUCCCGAUCUCACACUAUAUCAACCAUAAUCCCUCAACAUCCCGCGCUGCAAACUCAUCAUGUCUGUUUUCCUGUUUGUAGGGUUUUCUGUGAUCUUGUAUGUCUUCCUCUCCCUCUUUCACCAAAACAUCAGCAAGAAAACACCAUCUUGCCAUGGCCCUCCUUCUCAUCCCAUCAUAGGAUGUCUCCUCUCUUUCUACCGGAACCGUUUCCGCCUCCUCGACUGGUACACCGACCUCCUGUCCCGAGCCCCCACCCAGACCAUCGUCAUUCACCGGCUCGGCGCAUGCCGAACCGUCGUCACCGCCAACCCUAGCAACGUCGAGCAUGUCCUCAAGGCCAACUUCCAUAACUACCCCAAGGGCAUCCCCUUCACCAGCAUCCUCGGCGACUUUCUCGGCUGCGGCAUCUUCAACGUCGACGGUCCUCUCUGGACCACCCAGCGCAAGCUCGCCAGCCAUGAGUUCAGCACCAAUUCGUUGAGGGACUUCGUCGUGCGGACGCUUGAAGCUGAAGUCGAGAACCGGCUCUUGCCGCUUCUCCAAGACUAUGCCGAUACUAAUCGAACCCUGGACCUUCAAGACUUGCUUAGAAGGUUCGCUUUCGACACCGUGUGCCAAGUUUCUCUAGGCACCGACCCGGAUUGCCUUGACCUCUCGCGCCCGCUGCCGCCUCUGGUGAUUGCCUUCGAAAAUGCGUCGAGGAUAUGUGCAAUGAGGGCUACCUCCCCAGUCUAUCUGGUUUGGAAGAUCAAGAGGGCGUUGAACAUCGGGUCUGAAAAGAAGCUUGCUGAAGCUGUCAAGCUCGUGCAUGGUGAUAUACUUGAUAUAAUCCGGAACAGGAAGAAGAAACUGCUCCAAGAGAAUGAUGAUCAGCAGAUAAACUAUGACGGGGACCUCUUGUCGCGGUUUCUUGCGGCCGGUCACAGUGAGGAGAUGGUGCGGGACAUGGUGAUAAGCUUUGUGAUGGCCGGAAGAGACACCACAUCGGCAGCCAUGACGUGGCUCUUCUGGCUGCUCGCUCAGAACUCGACUGCCGAGCAAGCGAUCAUGAGCGAAGUUGACUCGGUUCUUGACCGAAGCAAUAACAAGUGCUUGGACUUCGAAGCCUUGAAGGAGAUGAGGUUCCUGAAGGCAUGCCUUUGUGAAUCGAUGCGGCUUUACCCGCCGGUUGCGUGGGACUCAAAGCAUGCCACGGUCGAUGACGUGUUGCCGGACGGUACCCCGGUGAGGAAGGGGGAUAGAGUGACGUACUUCCCCUAUGGGAUGGGAAGGAUGGAGGAGCUGUGGGGGAAGGAUCGGUUUGAGUUUAAACCGGACCGUUGGCUGGUCGGACCGGGAAUUGAAGGCAGUGCCGAGGGGGAGUUGAGAAUGGUGAGCCCGUACAAGUUCCCGGUUUUUCAGGCCGGUCCAAGGGUGUGCCUCGGGAAGGAGAUGGCCUUCAUCCAGAUGACGUACGUCGUGGCGUCGAUAUUGAGGAGGUUCGAGAUCAGACCAGUUCUUGAGAACCGGCCCGUUUUUGUGCCUCUGUUGACUGCCCAUAUGGCAGGAGGGCUGAAGGUUGUGAUAAAAAAUAGGAGCUAAUCUGAAGCUGCCAAGUUGUUGCAAGGAAAGGUGUUGGAGAGUAUAUAAGAUAGGGUUGGUGGCGGAGUGAAUGCUUGUCGGUUUUGUAGUUUUACAGCCUCAAUUGAUUCAUUGAAAAGAUUAUAAAUGCCUUCUCAUAUCAUUCCCUCAUAUGUAUAUCUACACAAUAACAUACCUAGUCAGGACAGACAUAAGCUAAGGGAGAAUAAGGAUUAUUAGAUCCCGGUGACCUCUAGGAAUCCAGAGCCAUUUCGAUCGA